AUGCCUGUUACAGCCAUAACCUCGUUUGAACAGUUCCAAGAAAUCAUUAACAGCGAUAAGCCUGCUAUAAUCGACUUCUGGGCAACAUGGUGUGGCCCUUGCCGAUUUAUCUCCCCUGCCUUUGAGAAGUUAUCGGAUGUUUCGGAGUUUGGCGAUGUCGGAUUCUACAAAGUUGAUGUCGAUCAAGAAGAAAGAAUUGCUCAGGAGGUCGGCAUACGUGCAAUGCCAACCUUUGUUGUCUUUAAAGACGGACAGAAAAUUGGUGAACAGACUGGGGCCAAUCCGCAAGGUUUGGAAACCCUUAUCCGUAAGGCAGCUGAGGCUUCUUAG